AACCAUAAAGUAGAUUCAUGAACCUUGGCUGAAAAUGCAAGUGCAUCUGGCGGCUUUAUAUUUGCCAACUAUAUUUUUUAUAAGCAGCAAAUAACACCGGAUGUGUUAUUUUUUUUAUUCGGCCGACUUCAGAAGGCGUUCAGUUGCCCAACUCUCAUAAUGUCCUUUAAAAAUAAAAAUCUGGCUGCACUGUGAACACAAAAUCAGUGAGCACAUAUGGGUAUAAUUUGUGACAUUCAGCGAUGAGUCAUAGUAAAUUGUACUCCGAUUGGUUCCUAAAAAUGGAAGAUGGUUGAGUCAUUUGAAAAAUCCGAAGCCAAUUGUAUAUUCUUGCAUGAAUGCCACCAAUCAUGACAAGCAUGAAAAAAUGAAUGUAAAAUUGACACAGAUUGUCGCCGUCUUGACUGUUUCAUUCUAAUUUCGGCGUUAAGGGGAGGUGAGGCACGCUUGCAAAUUGCUACCGGCUCCUCCUACAACGUUCAUAGCUUGUCUUUGCUGGAACAUAGAUGAGCAGAGUAACGUAAUUUGUGACAACUAGCCAGAUACAUCUUUGCAUGCUGUAUAAAAUCCUGGAAAUUAUUUAAUGCACUAAUGAUUUAAUUCGUGAUUCGUUUACAUUCCGAUCGAUCAACACAAUAGUGAACAACUCCGGGAAUACUGAAGAGAGACGCGACAUUCAAUCAGUAAACAAGACCCUUCUUCUUUUGCAAGUAGCUACAUACAGUGUGAUCAUAUGCUUGCUUCAUAUUGGCUUUUGUAAAGUCCGUAGAACGCAGCUCCGACGAAUACAAGACCGGCACUUAGAGUAUUUAUUAAAGAUGGCAAAGGCAGACUACCGCAUGGGGCACAGGGACAGCUCGGAUCAGAACUUUGACUACAUGUUCAAGUUGCUGAUCAUUGGAAACAGCAGUGUGGGCAAAACCAGCUUUUUGUUCAGAUAUGCUGACGACUCCUUCAACAACUCCUUUGUCAGUACCGUGGGCAUUGACUUCAAAGUGAAGACUGUCUACAGGAAUGACAAAAGGGUGAAGCUUCAGAUCUGGGACACGGCCGGUCAGGAGCGCUACAGAACCAUCACCACCGCCUACUACAGGGGAGCCAUGGGCUUCAUCCUCAUGUAUGACAUCUGCAACGAGGAGUCCUACAACGCUGUGCAGGACUGGGCCACCCAGAUCAAAACAUACUCCUGGGACAAUGCUCAGGUGAUCUUGGUGGGGAACAAGUGUGACAUGGACAGUGAGAGGGUGGUGUCCCCAGAGAAGGGCAAGCACCUGGCUGACCAACUGGGUUUUGAAUACUAUGAGGCAAGUGCCAAGGAGAACAUCAAUGUUCGACAGGUUUUCGAGCGGCUGGUUGACAUCAUUUGUGUGAAGAUGUCUGAGAGAGUGGACACAGAACCACCCAUGGUCACUGGAGCCAAGAACACCCGGCUCACCGACAAGCCGACCAACCUGCCUCAGAACUGUAACUGCUGAUCCUGCCAUUGCCAGUAUCACCCCCAUCCCUCCCAUCUUCUCCUUCCCCUCCUGACUUUCACCCCAAUCAAUGCUCUUGGUGUCACAUGCCACUGGUCCAAUUCAUUCACCCAAGAUGAAGUUUUCAUCAUUCACCUCUCACAUCCUGCUCUUGUGGGUUCAGCAUGACCUCUCACCUCUCACCUCUGACCCUGGUUCCUAGGCCAGGGAACUCUAAGCAGGGUACAUAGCCAAGCACAGCACUGCCUCUAUUCAAGCACAACAGUGUGUUCAAUUGCCUAAAAACAUGACAACGGCUGUUGGAAUCACAGGUUCACAGGUGUGAAGAGAUAUCUGCAUUCCCAUGUGUGAUGUCAAUACAUCCAUUCUUAGAAAAGAAGCUGGUUACUUUUUAAUCUUUUCUCACUCAUUCAUGUCUAACAGAAGGCAUUUUCAGCAUUAAGUGUUGGAUACUAUGAGGUGAGGAAGAAAGAUUAAAUCAGUAUUUGCUUAUCGCACAGUAUAAGUUCUUAUGACUUGAAGUACUGUGUGAUACAUGAAUGGAAAGAGCAAAAAGAUCUGAAUGACAGACAGAGUUAAGAGGUGGAGCACUCAGUACUGUGUACCAAAGCGUACAGUGGGGGUGUCACAGGAAGAGUAAAAUAAGAGCAGACUGCUAUACAAUUGCAGAAACAACAGGGUGUAAAAUUGAACAAUCUUUCCCAAAAAUGUGCUUUCCUUUUUGUGCAAUGCAACUAUCUCUUCCGGUGGGCACAAAGAGUCAAGUAUGCCAACCCUAGCCAAUUGGGUAUUCAGGGCGCAUUUGACGUGUUGGCAUUAGGUGCUGCGUUCAGAGUUCAUUCCGUAAUUUCAGAACCAUGUUGGCACAGCAACAAGGGACUAUUCUGAUUUAUGGGUCACUUUGUAUACAUUUACCUUAAUGUUAGGUUUGAUGAGUCAAUAUAUUGUCUCGUAAGUGUCCUGUUUACAGUGAGAAACCAGUAGUAACAUGAAUGUGUCUUUCAUAGGAGAGCACCACUGUGUAUCUGGCUGGAGUAUGUGUGUAGGUGUGUGCGUAUGUGAGUGUAUACACAGUAUACUUUUGUGAAACUGUGUCAAGUAUGAAACGCUCAGUUUAAAUAUCAAUGAUACAUAUUUUUGUGGGUUUAUGUAAGUAGCAAAAACAGUUAACUUAUGGUUGAAAAGUAUGUAUACUCUUAGCAGUGCACUUAUAAAGAUCAAAUAACCGUUUUAAGAAUACAGUAAAUGCCGGAUGCAACAUAUUGUUCAAUAUAGCCAUAAGUAAUAGAGUGUGGAUAUUUUGCAAAUUGGACACCACUAACACUGAAUGAGUAUUGCCAAAUUUUCUAACAAUUAGUAAAAUGCUUUUUUGAAAGAGUAGUCAUCCCACCACCAGAUACAAUGUUCUAUGAGUUCAUACUGAAUAUAUAUAUGUAUAUGUAUGUGUGUUAAUUAUGAGGCUAUUUAUGAUCAUAUAUUGUUGUAAUUGUUUUAUAAGUGAAUUUAAAAUUUAAUAGUUAGAACCUAUGAUGCUGUAAAGUACAUAUUUAUUUUUAUUAUUUAAAUCUGAUGAAAACAGAUGUAGAGUACGGUAUGUGUUGUUGGUUUACGUCAGUGACCAUGGUAACAGACAGAAACAGCUAAAGCACAAAAUGUAUGAUGCUGUGUAAUCAGCUUGUUGCCUCUGAUGCGUUUUGGUAAAAUAAAAAGCACAAAGCUCUACUUUAA